UACUUUAGAAAAUAUUUUUUUUUACGACCAUUCACAUACAUAUUCAUAAUGUUUAUGUAUUGUAUAUGCGAUCACACUGUGUAGUACGAUACUCAUUGAUUUUUUUUUCUUAUCAUACUUGGAUUAAUUAAGUAAAGCAUUCACAUAAAAGGUGUGUUACAUAUUUCUGCUUCUACUAGAUAACAAAUAUUAUCUAAUCUAUUGGUAUAUAAGAAUACCCCUCUGUCCUCCUCUUGUCCACAAAAUUUUUGAAUACGUAGGUAUACAGAACAAGGAAGUCACAAAAUGGCAUUUAUGCGUUCCUUAAUUAUAAUACUGAUCGCUAGUGCGGUGUCAAUUGAAGGUGCAACAACAAAUCCAAGAGUGGCAAUAGCGGUGCUCAAUUCUCAAAACGCCACCGGUACCGUAACUUUCACGGAGACUGACAGCGGAAUACACGUUCAAGGAACACUAACUGGCUUGGCGGAGGGAUUGUAUGGUUUCCAUGUCCACGAGAUCGGCGACACGACUACGUGUGACACUACGGGACCACACUUCGACCCUCACGAAAGACUCCACGGCGGCAGAGAUCACGACGUUCGUCAUGUCGGCGACUUUGGAAAUGUGGAGUUUGGGAACGAUUCAGUUGCUUCAGUUGAUUUUACCGACACGCACAUUACUCUUAGAGGUCAGAACAAUAUACUGGGGCGAGCUUUAGUGCUACAUCAACAAGAAGACGAUCUCGGGUUAGGUAAUCACACAUUGUCCUCGAUCACAGGCAACGCAGGGCCCAGGAUAGCUUGUGCCGUCAUAGGAAUUCGGUCAGGUUAUUGGAAUUCGGGAGUGACUGCUUAUUCUUCAUCGAUUUUGGUUAUUUUUGGAAUAGUGUUUAUAUAUUUUAAAUGAAGGUGUGAUAUGCCAAGUAAGUAAGUAUCUAAGUAUCUAGUUAAU